AGAGAGAGCACGCGCAUAGAACAGCACAGCGCAAAAACUAGACAGCUGGGAUUUGACAACCGCUUAGUUCUUGCAGACCCCUCGUCCCUAUGAUGUCUGAUUCGUUUUUUUUGUUUCUGUUGUUCAGUUGCAAACUGAGUUUUGUUUUUAACACGUUGAGAACAUAGAGCGCAGAAACGGAGAUGGCUUCUUUUCAUGGAUAACAAGGUGAAGUAGAACUGUUCCACUGGAAUACAAGUGGACCUUCACAAGAGACCCUAGAAAGUAACUUCGCAGUCGCCGAGUCGAUACGAAUGGUCACCUCUCAGACUCGGAUAUGUACCAAGGCUUAACAAUGACAGCAAAUCAUGGACCCCCGUCUUAUGAGCCGAGCUUUAUUCACAAUGCUACUGCUACCUCGCCAGUAUACGUACCAACGACUCGGGUUGCACCCAUGAUCCCAGCCUUGCCAUACCUCCAAACGCACGCAGCGUCCCAGCAGAGUAGUCCGGUGUCGAGUCACUCUGCUUGGGCCCAACCCGGCACAGAAUCGGUUCCCUCGUACAACACAGGCAACGCGCACCACUCUCCAGUAUCAUCCCGCUUCACAUUUUCAACGAGCCCCCCUCUAUCCGCCGGCGUCUCCUCUGUCCGGGAGACAGCAACUUACACCAAUCCUCUGAACAUCUCCAGCAAUGGUAGGGAACAUUACGGAACAAGAGGACUCGGCGGAUCUUAUCACAGCCCAUACCCAGCAUAUAUGGGUCCAAACAUGGGGGUCACCUGGGCCACAGCCCCCUUUGACAGCUCAGUAUUGCAUAGUCUGCAACCUGGAGGACCGACAAGCGCAACCAGGCACCCGAAUAUAGAGCUGUUUGAUGACUUUGCGGAGGGCCGUGAGUGUGUGAACUGUGGGGCCAUGUCCACACCAUUGUGGAGGCGGGAUGGGACCGGACACUACUUGUGCAAUGCCUGUGGGCUGUAUCACAAGAUGAAUGGCAUUAAUCGACCCCUCAUAAAGCCGCAAAGACGCCUGUCAGCCUCAAGGAGGGUGGGUCUGUCCUGCACCAACUGUCACACCACCACCACCACGCUGUGGCGCCGUAAUGCUGAGGGGGAGCCUGUGUGCAAUGCCUGCGGUCUAUACAUGAAACUUCAUGGGGUUCCUCGACCCCUGGCCAUGAAGAAGGAGGGCAUUCAGACCCGUAAGCGCAAGCCCAAGGCUCCCAACAAGUCAAAAUUGGGGACACCUGAAAAAGAGUGCCAUCCACCCAGCAGCACUCCUACUAAUGGCAGUAAAGCAGAUGAGCUGCGGCCAAUCAAGACUGAACCUGAGACUACUUCCCUGUACACACACCACAGUGCACAUCCACAGGUCUCAUCUGUCCCAGCCUACAUGAGUGUACAUGGAAGUGGUGCGUGUCUCAAGCUGUCCCCUGGUAGCCUCCCACCUCCUUCUAGCUCCAAGGGAGAGCCUUGGAACAGCCUGAUCCUGGCCUAGAGACGCCGCUCUAUCAUUGGCGUGCACAACAAGGGAUGAUUUAUUUACGAAUUUCAUGCUUCUGUUAUACUUAUUUACAUUACAUUUAUUUGGCAGACGCUUUUAUCCAAAGCGACAUACAAAAGUGCAAUUUGAUCUGAUGUUCUUGAUAAGAGCAUGAACUGCAGAUUCAACCUUGGUGAGAACAUGUUUACUGUGAUCUAAUAGAGGAGUGAACCAGAAUUGGUGUGUACAGCUGUUCAGAGCAUGAAUGGAGAAUAACCGACCAGCCUACACAGCGGCCUUCCAAGACUGAAGUUGUGCUCCCCUGUUGUAUUACCUUGGAUUUUCUCUCUGUGCUGCAGUUGAAACCCAUACUUGUAUAACCAUAUAAACUUUGACCCGAGGUCACACUUUCAGGCUCCAUCCUCCUAAGACUUUUUCAGUAGAGCUGUCUGCUUUGAACUGCUCACAGACAGCCCCUUGUUAGCUUAGCAAAAAAUGUCGAUUUGUCGUUAUCCAUUUGUUUCCAAAUAUCAUUUUCUUAUGAAUAGUGUCUUUCCAAA